AUCGACCAUCACACUAAAAAUGACAUUGAUUUCUCUGACACUACUUGUCGCGUUUCUCGUUUUCGCUCAACUUUCCGAUGCUGUCUUAAAUGUUGUUGGAAGUACUCAGACUAUUACUGUAACUGGAAGAUUAGUGUGUCAAGGACAACCAGCUAGAAAUGUUCUUGUGAAGAUGUAUGAGGAUGGAACCAUAUGGGAUUCUAAAUUGGAUUCAACAAAAUCAGCAAAUGACGGAACCUUUCGAGUUGCUGGAACCUACACAAAAAUCUUUACAUUGGACCCCAAAGUAAACAUCUACCAUCAGUGCAAUUACAACGGACUUUGCUCCAAAAAAUUGACUAUUAAUAUUCCUGACUACGCAGUUGCCAGUGGUUCCGGAUCUUCUACAAAUUAUGAUAUUGGAACAUUGAAUUUGGCAAAUCAAUUCAGUGGAGAAACUACUGAUUGUAUUCAUUAAAUGUAAUUACUCAAAGUUGUAUUUUUACUCUGAUUCUGAACGAUCUCAAUAAACGCUUACGUUC